GGAGGAGAGAUCCUAGCCCCGCAAACCCAGCCAGGAUGUUCGCCCCACCCUCGCGCUAUGCUUUGCACAGACACCACCAGAGGGAUCUCCAAACGCUGGGGAGAAAGGUGAGACGGAUUUCGCAAUCCCUGCAUUCUCUCACCGCCCUCGAUCCAGUUGCAGCCUCAGGUUGAACUAGGCAUGGGGUGUCUGUUGCUCAACACCACCCAAGCAGAGGCUGUGUGAUGUGUGAAUUGCGAACUUACAUUUAGUACGAACACUUCUCAAGGGUUGGUUUAGGUCAUCACUAUGAUGGAGGAACCCAUGCCUGUGGAGGAAAAGAGUCAGCCCCCAAGUCCUCAUCAUGGCUCCCUCAGGAAGGCAAUGGCUGCUGCCCUGGCUCUUGAUGGUGAAGCCACAAUGGGCCGAAGGAAAAAGAAAAAGAAGGCGUCUCGGCCAGAAUCUAUUAUUGUCUACCGGUUAGAAAAUGAGAAAGCAGAUGAGGAACAGGAGGAAUAUGAAGGAGAACGUUCCGUAGAGGAAGAGGGGGACAAGUUCCUUGGCCACCCUAUGGCUGAGGGUUUGUGGAACAUGCCCCAAGACAGCCACUAUGUCACAUUAACAGGCACUAUCACUCGAGGGAAGAAGAAGGGUCAGAUGGUAGAUAUACAUGUUACUUUAACAGAGAAGGAGCUGCAGGAGUUGACCAAGUCCAAGGAGUUAGCAAAUGAUGCUGCAGCAGAGGGAAAGAAGGCCUGCCAAAUAGGGGCAGACCGAGGUCCGCAUGUGGUCUUGUGGACAGUGAUCUGCCUGCCUGUGAUUUUUGUCCUUUCUUUCAUUGUUUCUUUCUACUAUGGUACAAUCACUUGGUACAACAUUUUCCUGGUGUACAAUGAGGAAAGGACCUUUUGGCACAAGAUCUCCUGCUGCCCCUGCCUCAUCCUCUUUUAUCCCGUCCUCAUCAUGGCUGUGGCCUCUUCUCUGGGCCUCUAUGCUGCUAUAGCCCCUUCGUGGUCCUGGGGAGCAUGGUGGCUGGCUGCCCGGGACAUGGAGAAAGGCUUUUGUGGCUGGCUCUGUAGCAAGCUUGGCCUGGAAGACUGCUCACCCUACAGUAUUGUGGAACUGCUUGAGUCUGACAACAUCUCUGGCAGCCUCUCCACCAGGGAUCCCACACAAGGGGAAGAAACCUCUGCUGUCUAACCACCCCAUUUCCCCUUAGGCCCUUGUUCUCUUCUAGAGUGGGCCAACAGCAUUACUCUUUAUGUGCCAUUUCAAAUUUCUGAAGAGUACAUGGGAACAAUAUCUAGGUCAAUGAUACCUUCCUUGUUCUUAUGAGUAAACUUAGCUUUCCCUAGAUAUUCCUUCUAGUAUCUGUCAACCUGCCUACUUUGGUGGCUCAAUCUGGAAGCCCAUGGUGGCCAGGAGAGAAGGAGAUGGGGCUGGAUGGUUAGGUAGAGAAAGUGUGCCAAAGCAUUUUUUCUUCCCUGCUCCAAAGUGAUAACAUCUGGAUUAGAGAGGAAGAUAAUGAUAAUGGCUUUCUGACAGCAGCGUGAAUCAUGCCUCAGUUCCCAACUUGGUUACAUUCUUCAAACCCAGGAUAAUAUAUGACUCAGGUGAUUCUGUAGGGAAAGGGAAGCAAAGGGAGACCAAGUUCAUUAAGAGAAUUGGGGUGGGAGGUAGGAUAGAGGAUCAAACAUUUAGGAAGGGAACAACCAUCACAUUUCACAGAGAAUACAACAGCAAAUAGCUUAAAAUAUAAAGUUAUUCUCCUAGGGCUUUCAUAGUUUAGCCCCAAAGGAUGAUAGUGUUGAUUUUUCUUUAAGCUGCAUAUUACAGAAAGGGGGACUAAAGAAAGAUCAGUGUGCACUUUGUAAAUAGAGGUAUAGAAUAUAAUUUGUGCAGAGUGGGGGGUGGGUGGGAAAACAUGUGUGUAAUUACCAGCAUAACUCUCUUAAAGUGAAGGUUGGAACUAUACCUGCUGGAUUUACUGAACACAGUGCCACGCAAACAGGAAGCACACAUGUCCAUUUAACUGAAAAAAAUCUAAAACCUUCUGGGGGAGUUGAGUCAAGCUACCCUUAAAGCCAGGCAGAUCCUUUCUAGCACUGAAUAGCAAGUACAGUGGGGCAUCUGAUAGGAAACUUUAAUUUGUCUUCCUGGUGCCAAGGAGUUAAUUCCUCAAAUUAAUGUAAUUUAGGUUAUUCACUGUCCCUAUAAAAUGAUCUACCUUUUCUCUCUCUCUCUUACCUAAAGAUUAUUUUUUAUUUUAAACCUUCCCCCUAAAAAUUUAAGUGAAGCUUAGAAUUGCUGGUUCCUGUCUGGAGAGGCUCAGCCUUCUUUCCUAUCCCGGAUAGGGUCUACUUGGGAUAGCAGUACAGUGAAGCUAAAUCUUCACUCAGGGCAUAUCAGCCCUGUUUCUGGUGCUGAACUCCGCACCCAAGGAGGACUGGGAUAUGAUGGGGAUUUGGGACCUUUAAAACUUUUAACUUUAGCCGGACGUUUUUGAAGAGCAAGGAUGACAACAUUGGUGCUGUUUGUGUUUUUGCAGAAUUUGGUUCUCUUGUGCAAUAGAGACAAAGAAAAUAAAAAUACACAUAAUUUUAACAUUCA